AUGACAGCAGAAGUAAUUGCGCCAGAGAGCAUUCAUGCUACUUCUGUCGACAAUUUACACCAAAGAGUAGACGCAGAUGUAACACGUCCUUCGGCAGAAACAAAUUCUGUGGAGCAGGCACGCGUCGCGGCUAUAGUCGAGCCACUUUUGAAGGAGCCAGAGGCGGACCCUGCUCAGACGCAACACAAGUACUUUUUGCCGGAAAUACCUCUCGUCAACCGAUACAUCGAUGAACCGCGCAGUGUCAGAGUAGCCGUGGUCGGCGCUGGCCUCUCUGGUGUAAUUGCUGGUGUUCUGCUCCCAGCUAAGGUUCCAGGCAUAGAGUUGACCAUAUUCGAAAAGAAUGCCGAUGUUGGAGGAACGUGGUUCGAAAACAUUUACCCUGGCGUCAGGUGUGACGUGCCAGCUCAUGUGUACCAGUCAUCUUUUGAGCCAAAUACACAGUGGACCGAGGAGUUUGCCCAGGGUCCCGAGAUCCGCGAGUACUGGACCAAAGUUGCGCGCAAGUACGAUGUGUACAAGUACUUGAAGCUCUCCCAACGCAUCGAGGGGGCACAAUGGGAUGAGCAGCGAUCCGUAUGGCUCAUCAAGGUGCACAAUCUAGCGACAGGGGAAGUGUACACCCACGAGACGGACUUUUUGCUCACAGCGAUUGGAAGAUUCAACGCGUGGAAGCUUCCCAACUAUCCCGGUCUGAAGGAUUUCAAGGGCCUCCUGCGACAUGCGUCCAACUGGGACCCCAACUUUGACCCAACGGGCAAGAGUGUAGCCGUCAUUGGCAAUGGUGCCUCGGGAAUUCAGCUGGUCUCUAAUAUCCAGUCUCGCGUCGCACACCUUGAUCACUAUGCAAGGAACAAGACAUGGAUCGCUGCUUCUUUCUCUGGUGACGCCACUUCCAUCAAACCCAUUCCAAUCUCGGAAGAGCUCAGAGAGACAUUCAAAAAGGAUCCCGAGGCAUACUUGAAGUACCGAAAAACCUUUGAGGAGAAAUAUUGGCGUGGUUUUGACAGUUGGCUUCGGGGUUCCGAGAGCAAUGAAAAGUCCAAGGCCGAGUUUAUAAAACUCAUCAAGGAAAGAUUGGUAAAGAAGCCCGAGUUGAUCAAGAGCAUCAUUCCGGACUUUUCGCCACACUGUCGCCGGCUGACUCCCGGACCUGGCUAUUUCGAAGCCAUUACCGAGGAUAAUGUCGAGUACAUUCAGACCCACAUCAAAAGAUUUACCGAGACGGGCAUCGAGACCGUCGACGGAAAGCACCGCGAGGUUGAUGCGAUUUUCUGUGCGACGGGAGCCAACGUGGAUUCUGUGCCUCCUUUCGGCAUCGUUUCCAACGGAAAAGACUUGAGAGAUCUUUGGACAGAGGGCGGUGAAUACGGUUUUCCCUAUACAUAUCUGGGGACCUCGACGCCUGGAUUCAAGAACUUGCUGUUUGUUCACGGACCCAACGGUUCUGGCCGGUCCGGAACUGUUCCGCAUAGUGUCGAGACACAGGUCACCUUUUACGCCAAGCUGCUGCGCAAGGUUGGCCGAGAAGGCAUCAAGACGAUUCAGCCGUCGAAGAAAGCGACAGAUGACUAUGUUCAAUAUUCCGAUGCCUUCUGGAAGACCACGGUGCUCUCGGAGAACUGCAGUUCAUGGUACAAUGGAGGCAAGCCGGGUGCAAGAAUCCACGGAUUAUGGCCCGGCAGUGCCAGUCUUGUCGCAAUCAUCUCCAGAGAUCCGCGAUGGGAAGACUGGGAGUACGAAUACCUUCACGAAACUGGCAAUCGGCUCGCGUGGUAUUUUGGAAAAGGCUCUACCAAGGCUGAAGCUAACCCGGAGAGGGACAUAACCUCGUACUUGAAGCUUCCACAAGAUAUCAGCCUGAAAGACCUGCACGAGCAGUGGUGGGACAUACCGUAA